CUGUGCUGUGAUCAGUUGUCUGACCCCAAGACCCCGUGUGACGUCAGUAGUCACGUGCUGAGGGAACUCGGAGACUGGUGGCAGCGACGUGUGGCUGGGGCUGGACCUGACAGUCACAUGACUGAUGACGUCUACAAAACCCUGGUAGCAAGGUUCUGCGGUCCGGCGACAACAGUGAGUGUUCCAUGCACAUGUCCUCCACGUGUGAGUGUCAAGACCCUGGGUCAGGCCGUCUCCCACACAGGAGAGUGCUAUACUGCUGAGAUAACUUUGUUCCCAGAGCAAGUGAACUUGCUGAGCAAUGCUCCUCCCAGACUCUAUCUCACUGGACCACCUGGCACAGGUAAAACUGUGGUGCUGAUGCUGAUGGCUGCACUGUGGCUACAGACUGGUAGCGAUGUGUACAUUGUGAGUACUUGUACCGAGAGUCAUACAGUGUGCAGCAUGUUGUACCAUCUGCUUCUGCAGAAUAAACAAUGGCAGGCACCAGGAAUUACAUCUGAGAAACUUCACCUCCUGCAUCAUCCUUUUGAUAAAAAUGAAACCGUGGACAAGGACGUGGACGAGGCCGUGGACGAGGCUGUGGACGACUUGUCACAGGCAGCGAAGGGAGACACGUUGUACGUCAUCGCUGAUGAAGCGGCAAGGCCCUACUACUUUCAGCGUUUCUGUGACAAGCUGCUGAAUCAAGUUCCACGUCUCCAUCUGUGGGCGGCAAGUUCCUUCCAUAAAUACUCACCCACCGGCUGGCAAGUGGAAUUUUUAACCAGACCCCUCCGCUCUCCACCGACCGUCGUCAGGGAAGUCCAACGGGACAAGAGGAUGACUGGAGAUAACCCUCGUAUCCACCCGUACAGUGAGCCAGGUGUGCCCGACCACACAGACGGCCCGCCAGUCAGACAGAUGUAUCAUCGAGGUCAGGGUCACUCAGGUCGCAUCCCAGAGAACUGUGUCUUGUGUGGUCGUCAGGUGGCCAGAUACCUCCACAGUCUCCGGGUUGGUGAUCCAGAGGAUGACACGACUACCACACCCACCACCAGCUCAAGACCACCGUCCGGCCUGCAGUGGAGAGACGUACUGGUGUUGGUGUGGCUUGGAGGCCUCAGUGAGACCUUGGGUGUUGUGACGGGGCUGAGAGAAGAGAACAUCCCAGUGCGGGUGAUGAAGGAUGAGGACAUCGAGGACGUGGCCACGGCCCGCAGUGACGUGGUGUGGGUGACGCGUGAAAACCACGUGCGGGGCCUGGAGAGAAAAGUCGUCGUCUGUCUGGAGAGUGUCACAGAUAACUCUUCUCGACUUCACCCCAUGUCCCGCUGUAUGUCACAAUUGGUGAUUGUCUCCCCUGAAGACUCACCGCCUGAGCAGGAAUGACUCUCACCUGUUAUAAUGAGCACUCUACUCAAAUAUCACUCUGUGUGAGUAAUAUUAUGAGUGUACUCACGAUUGGAGCUAAUAUUCAUGUUUCUGUGCUCUAUCGCUACACUAAUGGGACAUAAUAACUGGAUACAAGAGCCCAACAACAGAUUCAUAUUAUGAGUAUAAUUUCUAUAGAUUUCCAGAAGCUUGUUCUAUGUAGAAGGCAAUAAUAGUGUAGGGUACAUAUGGGGGUAAGUCCUACUCUCGAUACAGGUAGUCGUCGCCUGAGACCGCGUUUGAUUACGGGUGGUAACUCCAUCUGGUUGUGAGUCGGCCAUGUUAGGUUACGGUGAGUAUUUAAUGCUGGGUAAUCAUUGUAAUCAUGCUUGAGGUUUAUGUUAUUUUAGACAAAUGUUAUUUGUUCAUUUUAUCGUGGAAACAUUCUCACUUCGCUUUGCUUCCUUGGCAGUCAUGGCCAGACAUACCAGCCAUUGUUGUGGUUGUAAAGUCCGACAGUCGUAAGUCGCACAGGCCGACGACUACCUGUAUUGUAAAAGUACAGACAGACUAGCAAAUAAAGUCUGAUUCCUCCUGAGUCCUUGUGCCUUUAUUUAGGAUGGUGAUGGUUGCUGGCACGAAGGACCUCUGAUAGGCAGCUUUCCGUACACGUGGCACUUUAUAGCGCCUGCCUGGGUGUCUCUGCUUCGACGUCUGGCGUGUGAAUAAUCAAACUCAGUUUUCCCCAACUACAGGGGUUCUGUGAACCUCUCACUCACUCAUGCACGCUUUCAUAAAUCGUGCUCACUCCCAUGGGUUCUUACCAGCGUUCAGCUAAGGGCGACAAUCCUUGUUUCUUAAGACAGAGAAGGGAGAUAACCCCAAUUGCUAACACGCUCAUUCGUUUCUUGCUUUAGGUCAAAGGUGCUGCUCGUUAGGAGGUUUACUUGUUUGCCUCGCGUUGUAUCCCUCUCUCUGUCGCUCUUCUCUUCCUUGGGACUCUCUAUGUUCUAAGUGGAAAUCAUCAACAUACUAUUGUCGGAGUUGCUUCCCUGUUUUCUCUCUUUUUCUUUGGUCCUCUUUUAGGGCCAUGUUAUUUUUUUUUUUUUUUGAAACCAGAAGAAUUCAGAAUCGUUAAAAAUCGAUCAUAAGGAACACUUUUGUCGCAUGUUACGAAACAGAGGCUCGUAACAGGCCGGAAAAUUUCAUUUUAAAUGAAUAAAAGCAUUUUCUUCCCACAGAGACACAGACACGUCCAUCAUCCGCCAUCAUCAUCGCUAAGAGAGCGAGAGAGAGUGAGAGAGCAGCGCUGUGUGGAUGCUGGUGGAAACUUUGCCUAUUAUGUUUGUUUUUUUUUACUGUGAGAUAUUAAUUUAUUAUUUGAUGAGCAUAUUUUUCACGUAAAACAGACUACAACCUUAAACCUCUAAAAUAUUAGAGUGGGACUGUGAAGUGAGGAUUAUAAUUAGUGAGAGGUUUAUUCAAGUAUAUCUAUAUAUGUCUGUCAUCAGACCUGACUGAUAUUUUGGAGAUUCAUUAGUGUGUGUUGAAUAGUGUGAGUGACCGUUUGGCUGUGUUUGUUGAUAUUAUAUCACAGGACUGGCUUCAGAGAAAACAACAGACAAGAUAACAACUGAUAAAUUAGUUUGGAAGAACUGUUUUUUUGAGUUUCGGGCUUUCCAACGGGCUGUCUUCUUGAGAAGGGACUUCACUCUCAAUAACAUGGUCAACAAGGAAGCAGCGUUCAUUGUCAACAAAAAUUAAAAAGAAACACCUUUUAACACUAACUUUGACUAGUACAAUGUGAAUCAUGCCGACAUUAUUACUCUGUUAUUUCGUGGUGUUUUACGGUUCCUUUCACUUAUUAUUAUUAUUAUUAUUUUGAUGUGAGAAGUUAGAUUUGUGUAGUUGUUACUUUGAAUAUUGAAGAGAUGUCUCCCUAUUAAUGUGAGUUGCCUCUGUAGGGGAAUAAGGAUAUGGAGAAUAUGGAGAGGGGAAUGAAAGGUACUAGUGUAGAUGUGGGAGGAGCUUGAGGCUUCAGGUGGGGAUGGUUUGCUGGCGAACUCUUGUAACUAUUUCCAUUUGCUCAGGUAACAGGCGACCGUUGACGGGGAUAUGCCGUGCACAGAGCUUCGUGACAGAAAUAACUUACCUUUACUUUGAACACACAGUGAUUUAAAUAUCUCACCCUAGGGCAAACAUAAAAUGACAAAACUGUAAACACAGGCACAAAUACAAAUACAUGAUCCAAACACACGACGCUCCAAUGCAUGAAGUCCUUGUGAGUGUGUGGUUAUGGAGGAUAUUUGUCUGUCUAUGAUUUUUUCUUGAUUUUUAUUCUCCUAUUCUGUACAAUGAAAAGUAUUUUGAUACUUUCUCUACAUUGACCUUCUUAUGUCAUGAUAUGUAUUACAGAGGACAGCGGGAAAAACGCUGUCAACUCUUACAGUUCAUUCAGGGGAGGCAAUUUCACAAUGUAAUAAACUGGGGAGUUACUGCCCCUGACUUUCUAUGCCCGAACUUUA